AUGGAGAACAGCGCGAGCAGCCCAAUGACUGCCAGCGGCCAGCGUGUCGUCACUCGUCCUGUAAUCUGCUUUGAUUUGAGCCGCUUUAUUCCAGACUGCUGCUGGAGACACUGUAACAGUCAUGAUGAAGCGCCUCGGCGGAUUAAGAGCCGUUUUUCACAUAUUUAGAAGAGACCUCCAUCAUCAGCACAGUGUGGGGAUAAUAGGUGCGCCUUUCUCUAAAGGACAGCAGAGGGAUGGUGUGCAGAGAGGAGCAGACCUCAUUCGAGCUGCUGGAUUGGUGCAGAAACUUAAAGUGCAAGGUUGUGUAGUGAAGGAUUAUGGGAAUCUGACAUUUGAAGAAGUUCCCAAUGAUGAGCCCAUUGGCAGGCUGAAGUCUCCGAGAGCAGUCGGCCGAGCCAACGAGCUGCUCUCUGGAGCUGUGCAGAAGGUCAAAAGCCAUGGCAACACUUGUGUGAUGCUGGGAGGAGAUCACAGCUUGGCGAUUGGUUCGAUCGCCGGUCAUGCCGCCUCAAGACAUGAGUUGAGUGUUUUAUGGGUGGACGCACAUGCAGACAUCAACACACCUUUGACCACGCCAACGGGAAACAUUCACGGACAACCGCUGUCUUACCUCAUCCAUGAACUGCACUCUAAGAUUCCCUUAAUUCCAAAUUUCUCAUGGUUAAAGCCUUGUGUAGCAGCUAAGGACAUUGUCUACAUUGGACUCCGAGAUGUGGACCCAGAAGAACAUUAUAUCCUGAAGUACCUUGGAAUCAAAACGUUCUCCAUGACAGAAGUUGAUCGACUUGGAAUAGCAAAAGUUAUGGAGCAGACAUGUGAUCACAUGUUUUCAAAGGUGAAAAAACCUAUCCAUCUGAGUUUUGACAUUGAUGCUUUGGACCCAUCAGUGUCCCCUGCAACAGGCACACCUGUAGCGGGAGGACUGACCUAUAGAGAGGGGAUUUACAUCACUGAGCACAUCUGUCAAACAGGGCUUCUCUCUGCUGUAGACAUCGUGGAAGUGAACCCAAAGCAGGGCAAAACAGAGGAUGAAAUCACAUCAACAGUAAACACUGCUGUGGAUCUGUUACUGGGCUGCUUCGGACGGGUCCGCGAGGGCUCUCAUGAGCCAGAUUACAAAAUGCCAAAUCCAUAAAUCACAGGGUUUUAUUUAUUUUUUCAGGCUUCAUUCUUGUUAUUUUGGUUUCUUUUCUAUUAUAUUUACUUACUUUCAUCAUUUAGACAGUCAUGUCGUUCUGAAUUUAAAAAGACUAAAUUUUAAUUUGCAUUUAUUUUUUUUCUUGUAUAAAAAAAUGAAUUCCAAAGAUAUAUGCAAAUUACACCACAGUAUAUUUCCAAAGUGAAUGCAAAAAGUAAAAAGCUGUAUAAAAAGUAUGUUUGUUAUUUCCAAAAAUCAAACCAAAAAGACAUUGUUGCCAGGAAGAUUAACAAAGUUUAAUGUAAGAACUAAAACAUGUACAAAUAUAUGUAACCCUAUAAAGCUUACUUGCAUAUCAUAUUUGAUAUACACAUUUCUCUAAAUUGUCUCUAAAUUAUCAACAUGUUCGAAACUUUGCUGAAAUAAAUAUGUGCACAAUCUACUACAUGCUUUCUUAUGCAAGUAAAAGGCAUUUUACCAUCAUUCUAAAAAUGCUCCCUACUCCUCAAAUAUCAGCAACUGCAACAAAGAGUUUUGGUCAAUUUGGGGAUCUGAAUAAAACUGAGGUGUUUUUUCAUUGAGUAUGAGCUCCUUAUUCUCACUACUUCAAACUAUAUAAGCCAUAAAAGACAAAUGAUACAGG